UUUUCAAAACAAUUUGCAAGAAAUGUCGUAUUACUUUCAAACAACAAUAAUUUACUGCAUAUUUAUAUUUUUGAUGUGCUUGCAUGGAGGAAGGUCACAAUACAAUAUACAUCGAAGAGAUCUGGAACCAAAGGUGGAGGUCAGCGAUCCAACAAGAGGUCUAACUGAUGCCGAAAUUGAUAUGGCGCUGGACGAUCUCUCCAUAUCGGAUUUGAAUGUGCUAAAUAAACUUAUUGACAGGCCCAAUGCACCGGACUACGACUACGUCGAUUACGACAGCCAUAACUAUGCUUUGGGUCCACCGCGCGACCACACCUUCGACGGAAACCCUAUGGAUGACGAUGCGAAUCUAAAUUACUAUGAUGACAUAGAUGAGCCACCGAGAGAUGCGCGCAAUUCUAUGCAUUUAAAAAUACCGCGCAAGAGCCUAAUGCCCUUCAUGGAACAAACGGAGAAUCAAAGAACGAAACGCGACAACGGGCACGAAAUAAAACAGGCCGCCGUGGACGCUGAGUAUAUACGGCAACUUGAGAACUCCUUUCCACGCGACCAAGAAGAAAAUAAUGAAGAGGGCGAUGUCAAGAAGGAGCACAUACGCGUGAAACGCAAUUGAAUGUAGAGUCUGAACUUUCAGGCUAUACCACACAUGCAUUCAUAUAUUACUUUCUAAUUUAUAACUUUAUAUUGUAUGAGUUCAA